GGAGCCCCCCGCUCUCAGCUGUGGGAUCUCUGGCUUCCGUUUCUCUGUUUGUGAAAUGGCGUGAGCCUCUCCCUUAAGACAGUUGGGUGGACGAAGCGAAGCCCUGCAGGAAGAGUGACGAGGAGCAGACAUGAGCGUGGACGUGGAGCUGCUGUGGCCGGGGGCAGCCCUGCUGCUGCUGCUCGGGGUGGCGGCCGGCCUGUGUGUGCGCUGCUCCCGCCCAGGUGCAAAGAGGUCCGAGAAAAUCUAUGAGCAGAGGAGACUGCAAGAGAAUCAGCAGAGCUUUGCCGUGUCCCGGACCUACACUUUGGUCAGGGAGGCCUGGCCAGGGCCCCUGGUGGACACGGCCUCCAACGUGGCAUCAACAAGGAAGGACAAGCUACUGCAGUUCUCCCCCAGCCUCGAGGAUUCUCCGUCCUCCAGGUACCAGUACUUCAGCAAAGGAAGCAGACCCAGAUCAGAUGCAGACUACAUAGACCCCAACGCCACGGACUAUUCCAAUUGUGGGCCGUUUCAGAAGCCCCUGGAAGUUGACGACGACACCAUUUCCUACGAGAACGUGCUCAUCUGUAAGCCAAGGAACACCGAGUCAGGGGACGAGGAGUCUGAGGAUUAUCAGAACUCGGCAUCUAUCCAGCAGUGGCGGGAGUCCAGGAGAGUCGUGGAGCCAGUCCCGAGGGAAGCGCCUCCCUCCCCGCUAGGAAGCCCAGAUGAGGACAGCGGGGAGCCCGAUUACGUGAACGGGGACGUGGCGGCCACAGAAGCCUAGAGAAGACCUGGAGCAAGGAGCCAGAGAACCAUUUAUCGCCUCCCCAGGACCCCUUCUCCAGAGCUGCUCCACGUCUAGACUGCCUACUUCUAAAUCCAGGCUACUCCUGGGAGGGACACCAACACGUCCUGAGGACCAGCCAGCCGGCCACGGGGCACCCAGCCCGGGAAAGGACAGCUAUGUGGACCUGCCCUCUGACUGGCUCCCACAAGGAAGGCUGGAGCCUGGGGCAGAGGCUGGCUCCCGCCGUGGUCAGAUGCCUAGGACUCAGGGAGGUCGCAUCCCCUUAACCUCAUUUAAAACAUCAUACUACACGAUGUUUGUGUCCUUUUUCGCUUUUGAUCCCAAAUCGCUUACUAAUGUUGGUUGGUGGGAUUUUUUUUGUGAUGGAUAAGCUUGUACAGUUAAUUUAUACAGGUGGAAUCAUAUUUAAUAGUCUGCUUUUCGGGGUAGAGGUUGUCUGUCUUAUCUCCUGUAAGUAUUACCUGUACUUAAUUUCAUCAGGGAACUCUGGAGCUCCUUUCUUUGGGCCUCAGUUGACUGAAUCAGAGAUGAGGUCACAGCCACUGUCACGACCCUUCAGCGGGAGCAUCUGAUGUGCACAGAGUGCGUCACAGUUCUGGGGAGGGGACAGGUGGAGUGGAGUGGCCUGGAGCCUCAGCUGAUUGGGCAAAAACGUGAUAACCUCACGGGAAGGACAGGGGCCCAAGGGACCCUCUGAGCCAGAAAAGCCAGAGUCAGGGGAACAAAAUGCCUCCUCCAACCGGAAUGUCUCAAUAAAUCUUUCCAGU